UCAGACAGAGCUCACUCCGGCAUUCUGGCUGGGCACAUAUUUCUUGUGUUGAGCAUGGAGGACCCGUGGGAGGACCUUAUAAACCACUAUGGCGGCGCCCGACGGAACUUUAAACUGUGAGGACUUUUCAAUGUUUCAGGAGGUUCUGAAGGUGAUGCGUAACAUAGAUGACCGUAUCGUCCAUUCUCUCAACACCACCGUGCCGACUGUCUCCUUCUCAGGCAGAGUGGACGCCUCCCAGACAUGCAGACAGCUCUAUGAGUCUCUGAUGGAGGCCCACCUGAGCAGAGACCGAGCCAUUAAGACGUGUAUAGGCCAGACCUCUGAGGUGGUGGACCAGCUGAGAGAGCAGAGGGCCAAGGACGGAGACAACAUGACAACCAUCAAACUACUCAGGAAGGAACAGACCAAGUUAAAACUCAUGCGAUCAGAGCUGAAUGUUGAAGAGGUUGUUAAUGACAGGAGUCUGAAGGUGUUCAGUGAACGGUGCCGGACCCACUACACCCCUCCUACGGUCAAGUGACUGUCUGAGCUGCUCUGGUGAGAAUAGCUGCAGGUUCAGACGGUUGCAUCAGGACCAGAAUCAGACCGAGCCAUCCAUGGACUUGACCUGAGGGACCCCUGCCCUCCAGCCAACCACACUGUUAUCACCCAUGGAGACCGCUGCAUUGCGUUGCCUCACAACAAGGCCACCUCUGUCAAGCAAUCUGCUCUGUUUAUUUUCAUGAUUGUAGUUUUAUUUUAAUUUUUUUAAACAAUGAAGUGUUUUCCAAUGGCCCUCUGGUGUCUCUGACUUCUCCCCCCCCCCAGGGCUGAGGGGUAACUUACAACCAACUAAUUGCAGCAUUACAAGUGGAAAGGGGGAGAAGGUAAGGAACUUGUCUGUCAGCCGCAUUAAAAACCAAAAUUGGCUAAAGAUAAUUGUGAUAAAUAAAUAAAUAAACCAGUUUCAUUGUUUUUUUAUGCCAGCUGCUCCAAACAGGUGUUGGAUGUACUGACUCCAUGGCACAUGGUUUAUGAACUGAUACACAAAACGACGCCGGAUUCAACACUGUUUUUCAAUU